GACCGAACGGUUGGUGUCACAACUGGCAGGAAGAAAGCAAUGCCAGUGCAUCGCCACUUGAUCAGCUCUCUCCCUACCCACGCGCGCAAUGGUCAAAGCAAAGAAAACGCGUCCGCGAAAGUCGGGCGUAGAUCCUUCUCCCGGAGAUUCUAAGCUGGGAAACGACUGCGACGCGCCUACGCUGAACGAAUGGGAGAGCAUGAAGACCUACGACGCGUUCAACAUUAUUCCCGAGGACUCGCAGGAAAUGUAUACAUUCCAAGCCGGCAGCAAAGUGCUUGUGCAACCAUUCGGACACGAGGUCGGGAUGCUGGACAUCCACCAAUACUGGAUAGCGAGGGUCGUUGAGAUUCGUGGGCGCUUACCUGCUCAAGGAGAGAGCAAGGCAGUAAGGCCUGAGUCUGAUGUCUGAGUCAUGGUCGAGUGGUUUUACUCUGCGGACGACCUACGAAAAGAAAACCCUCGCCUUCGUGGGUCGGUCCUAUCCCCCUCUGUUCUGCGUUUUCUGCUGUCCCUGAUCCCUGGACAGGAGAUUAAAGGGUUGCGGCAAGUUUGAGCGCUUUCAGUCAGGCCAUCGGGACUGUAUAUCCGUCUCUGUCUUUCAAGGCGCGUCAUCUGACAUCCUGAUUCUCACGUCUCUCAAUCUAUAGAACAGAAAUCGUCACUAUGAAAUCUUUCGACGAGAACAUCCCAGAACAAGAGCUGAUUCACGCCGAGGAGCUCUAUUACCGCUCGACAUACCAUCACACUAGCGGUGCAAUAUCGCCAGCUCGACCAACGCUAUGCUGCUGUGGCGAAGCGUACGAUCCAGACGAAACAUCCGCGGAACACAUCAUGCACUUUUGCUCCCGCUGUCGACGCUGGCUGCACCGAAAAUGUCUCUCCUCCCCGCUUCCCUCACGGAGAGUCACUCCAGCUGAGUUCCUGCAGUUCGACCCCGACACAAACAGCCGGCCACUAUACCCCUUCUGGAGCGCCGUUGCAGACGACUCGCCGUCGUCCGUGUCCUCCACGUCGGAGCGACCGUCGAAGCGACCGCGGCUGAGCACAUCGACGCCAGACUCGCUAGUCGCGCCAGAUCUGCAGGUUCUGGACGACCACAUCUCGGGCCUCCCCGCGGAUCUCGUGAAGCUCGCAACACGCUCUGUCAUACGCGGGGGCCCCGCUGGGGUCGUGGGCAACGGACCCGCUGUGAUCGAGGCCCGGCGGAAAGUGUGCCAGUUUCUAUGCCAAGGGGACAGCACCAAGGCUGCGUGGCUGCAGGACUGGCGCGCUCAGAUGCCAGCAGGCUGGGAUACCACGCUUCCCGAGGGAUGGGACACCGUGGUUAAGCAGGAGCCUGAUGUGGUGCUCAAGAAGAGGACCAGAGGACGGCCGCGGAAAACUGUCCCUGUUGUGGUUCCGGAUCCACUCAAUCCCCCGACCCUGGAAUGCCCCGACUGCCACAAUCUCGUCUGACUUGCCUUGUUACAUUUUCACACAUCUGUAUUUGUUUGUCAAAACUUCAAGUGUAAUUCGUACCAUUCUUGCCGCACGUUUUCAUUUUCCUGUCUAAUAUAGCUUCACGUGGUGUGACGGCACGCGUUUGUCACUCUCUCGCUCGAAGGCCG